AAUACCCCCGCCGACCGGUUUCCUCCUCCCCUGCCAAGCAACGCCAUGUCGCUCCACAGCCUCAAAGAAACCCUCCAGUCUUCCUCCUUUUCACAGCCCCAAUCCGAGUCCCAACCCCGAUCACCUCCUCCUCUCCUCGCCAGGAGGCCCCCAAAAACGUCCCUCUCGCAGCAGCUCCUCCGCCUUGAUGCCUCCUCCUCCUCUUCCUCCUUUUCCGUCUCGCCGCCACCGCCCCCUCGCACUUCCCCGACCUCGGAUGCGGCGGCGGAUGAUGCGCCGCCGCUGCCAGAGGAGGAGGACGAGGUCCCCUGCAUCCGCCCCCGCGCUUCCCUUCCGCCAGCGGCCUCCCUCGACUCCCGCGGGCCCUACGAACCGCUUGCUCUCUCGCCGCCCGGAGAGCGCCCCGUCGUCCAGGUACCCUCCUCGAUAAAUUGCAGGCUACUUGUGCAUCAGAGGGAUGGUGUAAGAUUCUUAUACAAUCUGUAUAGAAACAACCAUGGCGGUGUGCUUGGAGAUGACAUGGGUUUGGGAAAGACUAUCCAAACAAUUGCUUUCUUAUCAGCUGUUAUUGGAAAAGAUAAUGACCACGGUGAUCAAUUAGUGGAAGGAAGAAAGAUUGCCCCUAUACUCAUCCUCUGCCCCACAUCAGUAAUUCGAAACUGGGAAAAUGAAUUUGCAGAGUGGGCAAGAUGUUCUGUUGCUGUCUAUCAUGGCCCAAAUCGUGACCUGGUUCUUCAAAAGGUUGAAACUCAAAGACUAGAGAUAGUUAUUACCAGUUUUGACACUUUUAGGAUUCAUGGCAAGAUUUUGUGUGGCAUCUCGUGGGACCUUGUGGUUGUUGAUGAGGCACACCGGCUGAAGAAUGAAAAAUCAAAGUUAUAUACAGCUUGCUUGGAAAUUACUACUCGAAAGCGGUUUGGUCUCACAGGAACCAUAAUGCAAAAUAAAAUAAUGGAAUUAUUUAAUCUGUUUGACUGGAUUGUACCUGGUUGCUUGGGGGAUCGAGAACACUUUCGAGUAUAUUAUGACGAGCCUUUAAAACAUGGCCAGAGGUUCAGUGCUCCUGAGAGAUUUGUACAAGUUGCUGAUAAGCGCAAGAAGCACCUUGUUUCAGUUCUUAGCAAAUUUCUGUUGAGAAGAACAAAGGAAGAGACCAUUGGGCAUCUCAUGCUUGGAAAGGAGGAUAAUAUUGUUUUCUGCAGAAUGAGUGACGUUCAAAAGCGCGUUUACAGAAGAAUGCUGCAACAGCCUGACGUGCAAAUCCUUAUAAACAAGGAUCUCCCAUGUAGCUGUGGAAGUCCUUUGACUCAGGUGGAAUGCUGCAAGAGAACUGAACCACAUGGCAUUAUCUGGUCUUAUCUUCACAGAGACAAUCCAGAGGGUUGUUCUCUGUGCCCCUUCUGUCUUGUUCUUCCUUGCCUUGGGAAGCUUCAGCAGAUCAGUAACCAUCUGGAGCUGAUAAAGCCAAACCUGAAAGACGAAAUUGAGAAGCAGAAGAAAGAUGCUGAGCUUGCAGCUGCUGUCUUUGACACAGAUAUUGAAUUAGUUGGUGGAGGUGCUAAAAGUGAAAACUUCAUGGGUCUCAGUGAUGCAGAACAUUGUGGAAAGAUGCGUGCGUUGGAAAGACUAUUGUCAUUAUGGACUCUGCAGGGUGACAAAAUUCUUCUUUUCAGCUAUUCAGUCAGGAUGCUUGACAUACUAGAGAAAUUUCUUAUACGGAAGGGUUACUGCUUUUCUCGCUUUGAUGGAACGACUCCCAUGAAUGCACGCCAAUUACUAAUUGAUGAGUUCAAUAGAUGCCCAAGCAAACAGGUUUUCCUUAUAUCUACACGGGCAGGAAAUUUAGGUGUCAACCUGGUCAGUGCUAAUCGUGUGGUGAUUUUUGACCCAAGUUGGAACCCUGCGCAAGACUUGCAAGCGCAAGACAGGUCAUUUCGAUUUGGACAGAGGCGGCAUGUCACUGUAUUUCGCCUACUUGGUGCUGGUUCCCUUGAAGAGCUUAUUUAUUCUCGACAAAUAUAUAAGCAACAGCUUUCCAAUAUUGCGGUCUCUGGAAAAAUAGAAAAACGUUACUUUGAAGGAGUGCAGGAUGACAAAAAAUUUCAAGGUGAGCUCUUUGGGAUAUGCAAUCUGUUUCGCGACUUGUCUGAUAAGCUUUUCACCAGUGAGAUCAUUGAAAUGCAUGGAGAACAUGGGAAGGGUAAUACAGCUGAAACAAUAGGAAUUCGAGAAAUAGUUGAUACAAAUAUAUUUGGUACGCAAGAUCAAAUGAAAUCCUCAAUGACAGCAAUACAUAACGAGAACAAGAAUUUGUACCAUUGUGGAAUAGUUUAUGCUCACCGAAAUGAAGAUGUUGUAAACACGAGGACAAAUGAAGCAAGCAACUGUGCAGAAGAUAAAACUGUCCCAAGGCACUUAGAGGAGCUGCAAAGUAAGAAGAAUGAAACAAUGCAUACAAUUAAGGCAAAAUCUUACUCACUGGUGCAGAAAAAGAAGGAAUUCAGCCGAAUUGCAUCUUUCAUGGGUAUGAACGACCUUGAGUUUAGUAAGUGGUUGCUGUCUGUCUCGCCUUUGCAACGACAUGAAGUAUUGGACCGCUACAGGAAUGCAAAGUAAGCCAUAGGGAGUAUGGAUAAUGCUUCCCUCAUAUAGAUAGCCCUUUCCUGCUCCACCGAUGUUUUCCUUCUAUUCUCCUGUUCUGCCCCAUCCACUCUUUCUCUGGCUUGGCACAGGCUAUCAGAAGGGGAGGAACAUUUCAUGUUCAGAUCAUCUUAUUUCCUUCUUUUCUUUUUCUUCAUUUAUUGCAUUUGUAAGGUAAGAUCAGACCCAUAGUGGUUUGUCUUUUGGGUUUGACAUAAAUCGCUGUUUCUCCUGCUGGUUCUCUGGAUUUGGGCGCUUGUAUCUUUGUUGGUCGGCUGAGUAAAGCUUUUAGAGUUACCACGGAGUUCUGAGUGCAUCUCAAACAGAAAGAAGCUGUGCUGGUUAGUGGUUACAAUGUACAAAUGAUACGAGCAUAGCAGGUCAUGUAUCAUGCAUGCAAAUAAUUCACCCGUUAUCCGACUUUUCCCGAGA